AUGUCGUGGCAAACAUAUGUGGAUGAACACUUGAUGUGCGAAAUUGAAGGCAAUUAUCUCACCUCUGCUGCUAUCAUCGGCCAAGAUGGCUCUGUUUGGGCCCAAAGCUCCAAUUUCCCUCAGUUUAAGCCAGAGGAAAUUCAAGCCAUUGUGAAUGACUUCGCUGAACCUGGGUCACUUGCUCCAACCGGCAUGUAUCUUGGAGGUACAAAGUAUAUGGUAAUCCAAGGAGAAGCGGGGGCUGUUAUACGAGGGAAGAAGGGUCCGGGUGGUGUUACUGUCAAGAAGACGAACCUAGCUUUGAUCAUAGGAAUAUAUGAUGAGCCUAUGGCUCCCGGUCAGUGCAACAUGAUUGUUGAAAGGCUGGGUGAUUAUCUCAUUGAUCAAGGUCUCUAGACGCCUGGGUACUGAGGUUACUAUUGCAUUAUAAUUUUCUUUCCUUUUUCUGUGCAUUUUUUUCUUCUUUCUUUGUUUUUGCCCCCUUUUUUUUUUUUGCUCCUAUGGAGCUUGCAGCUACCUGUCUGAAGUUGGAAUUGUUGCAGUGUAGUAUUUAAAUAAUUGAAGUCCUGGAGAACUACAUGUGCAUUUCUACUUGGAAACUGAAAGAUGUGGUCUCUCUCUCUUGUAUCAAGUUGUUGACGUUGUAUUCUCUCUCUCCUUCCCCCCCCUCUCUUUCCAAUGUUGUGAUUGUCUGUGCUUGGAUGUUGUCUACUCCUGAUACUUGGGCUUUUUCCAGUUGAAAUGGUUCUGUACUUCUGUUAGUUUGACAUUUUAUAUGUCACCGUUUGGCAUUUCCUAAAAGCACUUGCCCUUGGUGUUGCAAAAGGAAAUGA